AUGAAGCCAACACAGUUGUAUGCGUUGGCAGUCGUUUUUGCCCAGGCCAAUGCGCUCAAUGUUUUCUCGCUCCAGUCUGUGCUGGACUACUUCUUUGGAAACGUGCAAGAUAAAGUAGACAUUGCUUCGGUUUUGCCUUCCAUCGAUGCCAGCCACUUUUUGGAGGAUAUCAAAAAGACAGGCAAUCCAGAGAUUAUUUCCGCCUGGAAUGAUAUCAUCGAUGAGGUUGGAAUCAUGAGUGCCAUGCACAUGUAUGAAAAGUACCAGGCAACCCGCCAAGUUUCUGACCUGAACAUGAACAACGACUUCAAACUGUUCUCCACAAAAUCAUCUGAGGAUUUCGAGAAGGUCACCUCUCAGAGGUUUUCUCAGCACGCAUUGAGAGUUAAGGAAAACAACCCGGAAAUUUUGGGUUUGGACACUGUCAAGCAGUACACUGGAUACUUGGAUGUGGAGGAUUUGGGAAAGCACUUCUUCUACUGGUUUUUUGAGUCCAGAAACGACCCUGCCAAAGACCCAGUGAUCUUGUGGUUGAAUGGUGGCCCUGGUUGCUCCUCUGCUACUGGAUUGUUCUUUGAAUUGGGCCCUUCAGCCAUUAAUGCCACUUUACAACCAGUUUUCAACCCAUACUCAUGGAACUCCAAUGCUUCUGUCAUUUUCUUGGACCAGCCUGUGGGAGUGGGCUACUCGUACACAGAGAAAGAUCAAAUUUCCUCAACUGCAGCCGCUGCUAAGGAUGUGUACAUUUUCUUGGAACUUUUCUUCCAGAAGUUCCCUCAAUUCUCUCUCAACAAAUUCCACAUUGCUGGUGAGUCAUAUGCUGGCCAUUACAUUCCUGCUUUUGCCUCUGAGAUCAUCAACAAUGCUGACCGCUCUUUCGAUUUGACUUCUGUAUUGAUCGGAAAUGGUAUCACGGACCCAUUGAUCCAAUACAAGUACUAUCGUCCCAUGGCAUGUGGAGAAGGUGGAUACAAGCCAGUCUUGAAUCAAGACCAAUGUGACCAAAUGGACAGAGACUACCCUAAGUGUGCCGCACUCACCAAACUCUGCUAUGCUGCUCAAACUGCAUUCACUUGCGUGCCUGCUACUUACUACUGUGAGACCAAGCUUUAUGGUCCAUACGGAGAGACUGGUUUGAAUCCAUAUGAUAUCAGAAAGGACUGCGCCGAUGAAGGUGGAAAUUGCUACAAGGAGAUGGACUACUUGGAUGACUACUUGAAUCUCGAUUACGUUAAAGCCGCUGUUGGUGCAUCCAACAUCGACAUCUUCACCUCUUGUGAUGACACUGUGUUCAGAAACUUCAUUCUCUCAGGUGAUGAAAUGAAGCCAUUCCAACAGUAUGUGGCUGAGUUGUUAGACAAGAACAUUCCAGUAUUGUUGUACGAGGGUGACAAGGACUUUAUCUGUAACUGGCUUGGAAACUACGCAUGGGCCAACGCUUUGGAGUACUCGAAGCACGAGUUCUUUGAGGUUCAGCCAUUGCGCCCAUGGCACAACAAGGCAGGUAAGUUGGCAGGUGAAGUCAAGAACUAUGGCCAGUUUACUUUUGCUCGUGUUUACGGAGCUGGUCACAUGGUUCCAUAUGAUCAGCCAGAAAAUUCGUUGGACAUGGUCAACAGAUGGAUCCUGGGUGACUUCACCUUUGGAAAAAAAUAA